UUAGACACUCGUGUGACUCAAGUGUGUGAAUAUGUAAACAUGGCCGACGACAAUAAUUCACACGAAUUACAUGAAAGUGUCUUUAAUGGUGAUAUAAGAAGAGUGUCAGCUCUAAUACGAACUUACGAUGUUUCCAAAAAAGAUAAGCAUGGAAAUACAGCACUUCACCUGGCUGUAAUGCUAGGACAUAAAGAAUGUAUACAUCUCCUGUUGGCACAUGGAGCCCCAGUAAAGGUCAAGAAUUGCAAUGGGUGGAGUCCACUUGCAGAAGCAAUCAGUUUUGGCGACAGACAAACCAUUUCAGUGUUAUUACGAAAAUUAAAACUGCAGUCCCGAGAACACAUGGAAAUGCGGCGACCUGAUUUAGUGCGAGCACUUGCACAGAUGGGGGAUUUUUAUAUGGAAUUAAAAUGGGAUUUUCAAAGUUGGGUACCACUUGUGUCCAGAAUGCUUCCGUCCGAUACUUGUAAGAUUCACAAAAAGGGAGCGUCUAUCCGCUUAGACACGACGCUGGUGGACUUUAAUGAUAUGCGCUGGGAGAGAGGAGACAUUAGCUUUCUAUUUUCUGGGAGCUCAAAAUCGUCACAUUCUCUGACAGUGCUUGACAACAAAUUGAAAGUCUAUCAGGGAGUGAGACAUGAGGAAACAGAAGCAGAAAUAGAGGAUGAGGUGGACAUCCUUAUGAGUUCUGACAUUGUGGCUGCACAGAUGUCUACUAAACAAAUAACAUUCUCAAGAGCACAGACAGGCUGGAUUUUCAGAGCAGAUAAAAAGGAAAUGGUUGGCAAGUUUAAUGCUGAUUUCUAUUAUUUAAACGGUUUAACCCUUGAGUCUCGAAAACGAAGAGAACACCUGAGCGAAGAGGAUUUACAGAAGAAUAAAGCCAUAGUGGAAAGUUUCACAAAGGGAGGUGGAGCUCACUCUUUUGAUGAAUCAGUCCGCAGAGCUUCUUUAGAGCCUCCAAGCACAGAAUCAGUAUCUUGGUCAGCCUAUAUUGAAGCAGAAGCUGGAAACCCACCACCAUUAGGUCGGACGCUUAUUUGCAAAGAAUCGUCUAAAUCGUUUAAAGCGACUGUAGCAAUGAGUGAAGAAUUUCCACUGACAGUAGAGAUGCUUUUAAAUGUCCUUGAGGUAAUAGCCCCCUUCAAACAUUUUGCAAAGUUGCGAGAAUUUGUCCAGAUGAAGCUCCCUCCAGGGUUCCCUGUUAAAAUAGAUAUUCCAAUCCUGCCAACAGUCUCAGCCAAGAUUACAUUCCAAGAAUUUGCAUUUCGAAGUGACAUACCUGAUACCUAUUUUGAAGUUCCCUUAGGAUAUAGAGAAGAUCCUAACAGGUUUCCUGAAUUAUGACGGUAUGAGGAUCUAAGCCUCUUGAGUGUCUCCAGUGUAGAAGAGCAUCAAGAUCUACAAAGGCAGUGCUGUACAAGGCUAGAUUGUGGUGGCCACUCCCGCUUGCUGUCACUUGUACCCUGUACCUCCCUCCCACCAUUACUCCCAUCUUCACAUUGCUCAUUGCAACUGUCAUCCCCUGUUGUGCUGCAGGAGCACCCACACCAAAGGGUAAGUGGUUCAUGCCAAGAGCCAUCAUUGUGCACCAUAACCUCAUUUCAGUCUGGUUCUAGUCACAAUACAGCUGAAGAAUCUAAUGAUUCAAAGACAUUUUUGUGUAGCUCUGAGAAAUCUGAGCUCUCAGGAUCUUUUAUAAACAAUGCAAGUAAAUAUGUACUUGAUAAUCAGUGCAGCCAUCCUAUUGAAGGUAAAUCUGAGUUCACAGCAUCUUGGAAAAACAAGGCAAGCAAAAAUGUACUUGACAAUCAGUGCAGCCCUACUUCUGAAUUCCCUCCAUUUAUGUUUAGUAAAGGUGAUAAUGAAAUGUAUGUAGUUGGUGCAGAUGAAAAAUGGAAUGCACUGGAAGAAGCAUUUUCUCUUGAAAAGUCAGUGGUUGUGCCACAGACAGAAUAUAUAAUAGUGGACAUUCCAUUACAGCUGGGGAUGGGAAGUCCUUACUCCUCUUCAUGCUUUAUUCUUAUUGAUCGUUGAUGCUUGAAAAUGUGGGUUGUUACUGUCUUAUUAUCAGUAUGAGUUGUGAAGUAUAUUGAACUCAUUUUGGAACUUUAAGCCUAAAUUGUUAACUUAAUAAGGGUAAAAUAUCACUCCUACUGAUUGGUAAUUGAGUUUCAUCCUUAUUGAAAACAAGCACAAGGCUCAAAACAACUGAUCUUGUCGACGCAUAUUUAUUAUACCAUGACACAGUCUUUGUUGUAAGAUCAGUUGGAGAAAAUAUAAUGUCAAUAACAUCAAGAUUAUUUUUGCAGUAACUUGGUACAAUUGUUAAGAUGCACAGAAAUAUACUUUUAAACAUACCACUAGAAUAAAACAAAGUUCUCUAGUCUGAUUAACCCAUAAAGAAUGACAAUUUAUUUGCAAUAUAAUUAUUCCUGAGACAGCUAUGGUAUGGAAAUAUGUUUGCUUAAUUGGCAGCUGAAGCUCAUUCAGGAUACCAGAACUUUAUUUAUUCUUUAAAUUUGUAAGAGCUACAUUAUUUGGAUAAAUGUUAACAUUCUUUCAUGUAUAAUUCUCCAUAACUACAAAUUUUCUAUGAAAUCCUGUGCUUUUGUACUUAGUACAAAAUAUUUUUAAAUGAGAAAAUAUUUUACUCGAGUAUGGAUAAAAAUAAAAAAGUCAGGUUGAUGUAUUACUAUAGAUGUUUUGUAGAAUGUAUUGGUACUAAUUUUGAUCUUAUUAAGUGUGAUUUACCCCUCUAAUAGUUCCUUUAUUUUUAUCAUAACUAUUUUAUAUACAGUUCAAUAUUGGUGUUUUCUUAGAAUUUGUAAUAGUUAAGAGCAAAGUAUUGUGUGUUCAACCAGCCGGGUUUUAAGUUGAUAUCUACUAAAAAGGAUUACAUGCCCAUAGUUAUUUUGGCACUAUGAAUUAAAUAGAUAACCAAACUGCUGCAGAAAUUGUAUAAGCAGCAAACUGCAAUAAAAAUGGUCACCAUCAAAAACGAGGAUAAUUACCAACCUAAUUUAGGCCAAAUAUAGUACUGUACACAUAAACUUAAGUACCUGCACACAAACUUACACACCUGUACAUACAAACUUACACACCUGCACACAAACUUACACACUUGUACAUACAAACUUACACACCAGCAUACACACUAUUUUACAUGUCUGUAUGUUGGCCCAAGAGGGAGUCAGUUUGGUUAUCUUUUUUGUCCUGUUUUCAAUUUCAUAGUUUUUCAGUUUGCAACAUAACUUUCUUGAAGUAAGUUUGUUUUUCUGUUUAAUUUGUACUUGUAAAAUGGACUAUGGAGAUGUAAUGUUUUAGCUGUUUAGUAACUUAAGGUCAGGUUGUUUCAGUAAGCAUGCUAUAACCAAACUAAAAUGUUGAGAGUUAAUGUGAAUACUGAACACACUCGACAUACUCCUAGACUAUUCAAGAAAAGAAAUAAUGUGCCUCAAACUGUUAUGUGUUUGUUUUUAAAUUAUGAAUAAAAUACAUUGGUGUAUGAUUCAAGCAGUGAUAGUCAUUUAGAGGGUUAUACCAAGUAAAUCGGCUACCACAAAAUAUUAUUUAUUUAAUUGAAAAGACAGAAAAUGUAGGGGCUGAGGGUUGAAUUCAGUACGUAAUAUUGACACCAUCCACCUAGUGUUGCAUCCCUGGGAGAAAAUAUAUAUAUAUAUAUGUAUAUGUACAAGUUGCAUAAGCCUCCACCAGUACCAGGCUACUGCCAAUAUAUGUAACUACAGUAUUGGCUGUUAAUUCCAGUUGACUUAAGGCAUCAGUGUGCAGAUACAGUAAGCUAGCUCCCAUAACACCAGCCAGAAGUAGUAAAUGUAAGCUGCUACACUUGGGGGAACUUAAAACAUAGUCACAUAAGAGCCAUAACUCCUUGUCUGAUAUCAUAGACUGUCUCUGCCACUGACACCACUGAUUGGUCAUCUCCAACCAGACAGCCAAGUGAGGUAAUCACACAAACAUGCAAAUAAAUUUGCUAAAGCAAUUAAAUAUGCACAAAGUCAGGUAUUGAUGAGUCUAGGAACAACCAUUGUACUACUUACACUGUUAGCUGCCAGUUAUGUUACUCUACCGUCCAUCCAAAGUGUAAUAGUUUAACAUCAUAUAAAUACAAAAAUAUGAGCAAUAAUUUCUUCUACUGUGAAAAAAUUACAGUAUUCUUUCUUAUGGGUAAUGUAAAUUAUUAUUUUCAAUUGUGAUAGAUUUGCUUUCAUUGAUAUAUUUUUGAGUCUACAGUAAACUGAAAACAUAAAACUACAAGAAAUUAUUAUUGACACCCUGGUGUUAAAAAAGGCACUGAUAUCAACUGGAAAUAAACUUGCACAUAAAAAGGAACAUGACAUCAGCAAGUCUUUAAAAAAACUCAAAUAAUUGCAUUCAAGGAGAAAAAUCCCAAAACAUGCAGGGAGUGGGACUGGAUGGAAAUGGUAAAAUUAACAAAAGUGGAACAGAUCAAGAACCUAACAUCACAUCAGGUACAGCAGGUGAACCAGCAAGGCAGCCUAGAAUUUGAGAUCUCAGUAGCACACUGAAGAAUUAGAUAGGUUCUGAAAAUAUGGACCCCUAUGAAUUUAUCCUUUGACUAGAUAAUGUUUCCCAUUUUAUAUUUAAGGCUUUUAUAAAUAGGGAAGAUAUAAAUUGUUAAAUACUGUGACUAUAGACAUCUACGAAAAUACUACGAUUUCUUCACUAAAGGCGACUGUCAUUUCACGAAUUCCAAACUUUAUUUUGUAUAUCUUAAGUUCUUAAGUGUUUUCUGGGGUUCUGAGAGAAUGUAAAGAAGAGCUUAGUGAGCCCCUGCCUUGCAGAUUUGAUAGAUCAUUGGAGUCCAGCAGAGUGCCGCUAUCAUGGCAAGUAAAAAAUGUUGUGCCUUUUAUUUAAAAGGGAGAUAGAUCAAAUGUGUCAAACUAUCCGAAUACCUUAAUGUCUAUAGCUGGAAAAUUUAUAGAACCCAUAAUUGUAAAAACCAUUCAUCUGUAAGUUGAAAAAAAAAGAUUAAUAAAAAGACUCAUAACAUGGUUUUAUUAA